AUGUGUUAUUCAGCUUAUGAUCCAAACCUACAGACUCUCAUUCCUGAUGUGGAUAUGACAAAUGUAGAUCGCUUACUCAACACAAGUGCUGAAAACCUCAAGGCUGAGAUGAUUACCAUUAUGGAGGGGUUUGGGCUUGAGAAGAGCAUGAUAGACAAGGCCCAUAAUUCCAAAUCCGAACUACUGCUUAACUGGUCUGCUGCUGCUAUGCAGAUGUCCUCCACCAUUUGCAACACUGCCUACUUUCAUUACGUUGAUUGGUUCAACUACAAAUAUAACAACAAGCAUAAGAGUGCUACUCAGGAUACUGCUGGCACUGGCACAGAAGUCUCCGCCGAGUCAGCUCAGACCAUCACUCUGAGUGCUACUCAGGCUACUGUUCAUACUGGCACAGAAGUCUCUGGCAAGUCAGCUCAGAUCAUCACUCUGAGUGCUCCUCUUGCCAGCGGUUCCACUGAAUGUGACUUGAAGAAGCCAAAGGUCUCAAAAGACUCGGAGGAGACAAAGAAUGCCACUGGCAGCUUGAAGAAGAAGCAGAAGAAGAGGAAGAUGAAUGGCAAGUCUUCUGCUCAUUCUGCCAGUGGCAGACUCGGAACUCAAAGUCCUCAUGGCUUCUCAAUGGACUUAGAUCUGCCACCAGCAUGGAACCCGGGCCCUAACUCAGAUGGGGAUGAUAUGGUCUACCAUGAUGAAGAAGUGGACAUGGAAAAUGAUCUUCCGAUUCCCAAUAGAGAGACACUGGGUUGUGGAGCUGCAGGGGGGCAUUCUAUGCGAUAUGAAGGUGCUGCAAGGAUACAUGGAUGGGGCCUGACUUUCCUGGAGUGGUUCAAUGAUGAUGACUGGGAGCUCGCUAGUUUUCUACUGUCCUCAGCAUUGAGUAUGGCAGCCAUAGAUCACUUCCUAGGGUUAGAACUGAUCAAAGCCUUACCGCUCUUCUUUCACACAGCAAAAGAGCUAUGGAGUCGUGCUAAGCUUCUACCCUCUGGUCCCAAGUGGCAAUAUCAUGUUAUUUCCACCAAUCAUCCAAUGAAACUACCUGUGCACCUGUAUUGCGGAGCGUACAGUAUGAAUAUACAGCAAAUGGAUGACUGGCAAAGCAGCCUGGACAAUUCCAAGCUUCCAGAGGAGUCUACAUUGCUUGGUGUAAUACUUUCCUCUGAUAAGACCAAUAUCACAAACAUGACCGGCAGACACAUCGCUCACCCCCUCCUCAUCAGUCUUGCCAACAUCAAGAUGGCAGUUCAAAACAAGGCAUCAUCACACACUUUUCUUCUCACAGCCCUGCUUCCCAUCACUGAAUUUUUGCAUCCAGUCAAAUCCAAAACCACCCUUACACAACUCAAGAGCAUCAAAUCUAUAGUUGACCCUCUAAAUGUUGAAGCCUUCUUCACUGCAUAUCCAAAUUUGUUUCUGACUCCAGAGGCCUUGCACCAUUGGCAUUGCGAAUCCUAUGAUCACGAUGUACAGUGGUGUAUUAAAAUUGGUAUCUCAACGCUCAAGCAAGUCACCAGAAGAGCGCAGCGGGACAUACGGUGUUACCUUGUUGCUGUCAUCGCGAAUGCUGCACCUCCGGGUGUUGUCAUAGCUGUCUGUGUGCUAAUGGACUUCCGUUACUUAUCUCAAGCAGUAACCAUCGAUGAAAAGCAAUGUCAGAAGAUCCUUGACACUCUCAAGACAUUUUAUGACCACAAACAUGAAGUUAUUGUGCACGGUGGGCAUUGGGGUGCCAAGAGCAAAAACAUCCUUGACAACUGGUACAUUCCAAAGCUCGAAUUGAUGCAAAGUGUUGUGCUGAGUAUCUAUCAAGAGCAGAGUCAACAAAUAACCAGAACUAUGAUCCCCAGAUAUGUCGAUAUCUGGAUCACAUCAAAAAAUUCUCAGACACACACUGCCACUGCUGGAUAUAGAGAUGGUUCGGAUGAUGGGAUCAAUGACGAUGAGAACACCGAUGAAGCAGGUGAUAUCCAGGCUGCCAUUAGUGAUUUCUGGGGGACAGGAUGUGUUGUAUCGAAUUUCUUCAAGAAGGCACAACUUGCCUUGUUGUCCACCACAGCGCCCAGACCACUCCGCACGUUUGUCAUUGGCUCCACUGCCAUACAUCUCAAUUUUGAUCCCUCGUUACAAUGCCAAGCUAUCGAUGAUGUUGCUGAGAAGUUCUGUUUGCCCAACUUGCAAGCAGCACUCACCAAUUACAUUCAAUGGGAGGGUCAGACUGUUCAAAACCUCCACAAGUUGACAGGACAACAUCAAGCAUCACCAACCACGAAUCUUCCAUUCAAGCAUCUUAAUAUUUGGUUUAAAAACAAUGGCCCACUAGCAGGCUUAAAGAUAACUUAA